AUGCCAGAAUACUGCGCCGAAAUCAAUCUUUCGUUAUCAGUUGACCCUAGCCAACUGCAGGUCUUGGGGUACCCCAAUCCUUCACGGAAAUGGGUGUUGUUGGGUUCUGCUGUGCUUGCCACCUGCACUGCUGUCGGAGUCCAAAGCACCGAGCUGAGAGAGGGCGUGCUUCACGCGGACAGUAGCCAGGAAGCAGCAGAGAUUAUCUCUCUCGCCGUCAGGAAGGACACGGGGAUGCCGGCGGCGGAGGGAGUUACGGAGUCCGGCCUAGUUGGCGGGAUAUUCAGUAAAGCGCAGCACGAUGGCAUCCGGGUCAAGUUUUCGGAUGUGGACUGGGCCACCAUCGUGCGCGCCGGCAAUGUCUCUCAGACCGAGGUGGAGCAACUACGGGCGAACGACGAGAGCGCGGUGGAGUUCCUCAUGCACGACGAGGUCGCUGCCAAGAAAUACGUCUCCACCCUGGUGAAGAUCAUGAAGACCACCACCUCGGACGCUCGCGCACAGUACUUCGCCGUCUCCAGGUGCGAGGAUAUCGUAGCCGACGAUUGCAAGGUGCGAUCCCAGCUCUUCCUUUCCUCGCCUGAGAAGCCCCUCGACCAGACGCCGUUUUUGAGAGUAAUCGACAGCGGGGACGCGGCAGCCCAACAGGUCGCGAGCAUCGUCCUGGCGCUCUUGAUCGUGAACUUGAACGCGGACAGCGAACCGUUGACCGCGUGGAUCUGCCAGCAGCUCUCCAUGGGCCGCGGCCGCGGGCAGAGCGUUCGCGGGGCCGUGCAGGCUCUCUGCGUUCUCCUCCGCAACGACACGGCGAGGAUAUCGUUCGGCAGGCACGGCGGUGUGGCGUACCUUACCAAGAUCAUCAGGAUGCAGGGGGGAGACAGUAGCAUGGCCCAGCUCAUGUACGAGCUGUGCUUCUGCCUUUGGUCAGUGUCUCUUUGCGACGAGGUCAAGCAGGACUUCAUGAGCUGCGGCGCGAUCCCCAUCCUCGCCCAGCAGGUCGCCGCCGCCACCUCCGAAAAGGUCGUCCGAGUCUCUCUCGCCGCGCUCAAGCACCUCACGGAAGGGGAGGCGAUGAACUUCAACGCGGAGAUGAUCGCGUGCGGGCUGCCCAAGACCCUCCGGAACAUGAAUACCCGGCAGUGGGCGGACCCGGAUAUCAAGGAGGACGUGGACACGUUGGACACCGUCCUCCAGCGUAACUCGCGGGACCUCUCUACGUUCGAACGCUACUCCCAGGAGGUCAUGUCCGGCCAACUGAAGUGGGGGCCGGUGCACACGGAGAAGUUCUGGAGGGAGCAGGCCAGGAAGUUCGAGGCCGACGAGUUCUUCAUCCUCAAGCAGCUUAUCGAGCUCCUCAAGUCGGAGGACAAGAGCGUUGUGUCCAUCGCGUGCUACGACCUGGGGGAGUUCGUGCGCUUCUACCCUAGCGGCAAGACAAUUGUAAAACACCUAGGCGCAAAGGAGCGACUGAUGUUGCUCGUGGACAGCGAGCACAAGGACAUCCAGCGCCACGCGCUGCAGUGCGUGUCCAAGAUCAUGGUCAACAAGUGGGAGUUUAUCCGGUGAACAGGGACGGCAGCGGUCGGUCGGUCCGCCUGGCUGAUUUUCGUUACCACCGUGGUUUGAUAAAAAAAAAUGUCCCGUCUCCUGAUAGCUGGAGCUAGGUUACGGUGUCACCGCUGAUCGGCGUUUGUUCGUUUGGCGUUAGGAGCUCCGAGGCGUGCUUCUACCACGGAGGGAGUUUUGCCGAGUCGAUCAAGGAGGGCGCUGAUUCCAUUUGGCCUCUCGGUUUUUUCUCUCUACUUGCUUGGUCUGGUCCCAACUCACAAGUCGGGGUAAUGGGAACGAUACGGCGUCCGUGACUUUUUCCUGAGGGAGAUCUAUUGGUUUUUUUCCGGGCGAAAUGAACUCUGUCGCCUGUUUGGUUCCGUCCGAUAGCCUUGUCUGGCGAGAGACCACAAGCGGAAGAGAGAGAAAGAGAAUAACUAAGACGGCACAUGCCCUUGGGCAAUUGUGUCUUUGGUUUGUUUCUUUUUUUCUUUCUCGUCUUUUCGAGCGGACUUUUUUUCGCCUUCAGACUGAUGUUUGACAGAUUGCGUGUUUUUUUCGUAUCAUCCUUCUGCGGCAUGGCUGGAAGGCGUGUUGAUUUGGUCGGCUUGGAAAGGGUAGACCGAAAGACUGAGAGUCGGACGAUAUCUACAACCAAACGCGAUUUUUGCCACCCCCGGGAGAGCAUGUCUGUUCCGUCUGAACCGCUGUGUGCCCGUUGACUUGAAGCUCUCUUCAGAAUCUGGCACCUGUGGAAGAGGCGGUUCUGUGUUUUUUUCUGCAUGAUGUAUUUCCAGAUUUUGGUCGUUUCAGCGGUGUCCCACGUGCAUUUUGUGCAGUCUACCGUUGUUUCUGGACAAAAGGCGUGAAUGUCCUAGCUAUAUGAGAGCUCAACGGGAGCAGCUGUUUUUUUUUUGUGGUCAUUGUUGCUUCACACUUCACACGGCGCAUGCAUGGUGGUGGGGGGGCGCGCACGCGUGGAAAGAGAGGCGUUUCGUUCCCGAGACUGAUACAAUUUCGGUUGUCAAAACCAAACCAUGUGUUCGUUCGGACUAUCCUCCGCCCGCCCCGGCUUCCCCCCACCAACUCCUCUUCCCCUCUGCCGCCACCGAACAGUAUGAAGGACAAUCCUUUCUUGCGGUAAUGCUUUUCUUGGGGGGGGGAGGGGGUCUCGCGGGGGGUGCGGUGAAGGGUUCGGGGGAUAGGAGACAUCACACAAGCAGCAACGGUUGGAGCUGGUAUUCGUCCGAGGUGAUCGUUGCUCCGUACACAGGAGGAGCAUAAGUUUUGCUUCUGUUCCACCACGUGGGGGUUGAAGAUGAGCCAUGAUGUUUGUACUACGGUCAUCGCACGCUCACAUGAAAGCUUGCAAUGCACUUGUUGCGUGCGCACACUCUCGGCGGGACAACGCGGCAUAUCAUGAUGACGACCAGGGAGAGAAGACGACAGAGAGAAAGAGAGCG